CUUUUUCCCAAAGGACGGUGCGGGGGAGACAUGGGGACGGUCGUGAAUAUCGGCAUGUUCUCCGGGCACGCGAGCUUCUCCUCGAUCGUCCAGCGACCUAAGGGUGUUCGACGGGGGGGAAGGGCCGUCGCGAGGCGCGCGGCUCGCGCGUCGAUCGCGGGCGACCCCCGGACGUCGAUCCGCGGUGCCAGCUCAGCUCCGGUGAAGUCAGCUCCCGCGGCCCGCGUGGACGACGAGGACGCGUGGCUGGGAAUCCUCCGGGACGCCGUCGCGCGAGAGGGAGGAACGCUCAGGUGCUCACCGAAUGCACGCCCGGAUCACACAAGGGGCGUCAGAGCGUUCGCCCAGUACUGGCGCCGCGGGGACGCGAGCAGCCACGACGAGGACGACGCGUUGUGCUCGACGAACCAACCAUUUAUAGCCGAGAAGACAAAGACAAAAACGGCCGCCGCAAAAGACGGGAAGGGCCCGUGGUCCAACGCGCUGGAGUUCAUCCGCGGAAGCGUCGACAUCGAGGACGAUGUCGACCCCGCGGGCGGUCACCCCGUGUUGGAGGCGCUGUUGGCGCGCAAGAGGAGCGGAUCCGUGCCGGGCGAGAGAACCGACGGGAUGCGCAUCGGGCUCGCCGUCGAGGGCGGCGGCAUGAAGGGCGUCAUCUCCGCCGGCGCGUGCGGCGAGAUUUUGCGUGCGGGGUUCGCGGACUGCUUCGACGCCGUGUACGGGAGCAGCGCGGGGGCGAUGAACCUGACGUACUACCUCGCCAACCAACCGGAGGGUAUCCGCGCGUACGAGGAGGACCUCGUGGACGGCGGCUUCCUCGACCUGAGACGGCUGCCCGCGCUCAAGGGACCGCGUCGUAAUAAGGGACGGAAAGGGAAGAAGAACGAGGGUUUGGGCGCGGACGAAGACGACGGUGCAGAGGAGAAGGUGCAGCCCGCGAUGGACGUGUCGUACCUGGUCGACGGCGUGAUGGACGGGACCACGAACAGGGCGCUGCGGUGGGAUCUGCUCAUGAACUCGCGCGUGCCUCUCAAGGUUGUCGCCACCUCGCUCGAUACCCUCACGCCGGUGGUGCUGGAAGGACCGUGGCGCGGCGUGGAGGACCUCAAGCAGUGCCUAAAGGCGUCCGCGGCGGUGCCCACGCUGGCGGGACCAGAGCCGGUGACGUGGCGCGGGCAGCGACUGGUGGACGCGGCGGUGAUGGAACCCGUACCGGUUCACGCCGCGAUCGCCGACGGUUGCACGCACGUCUUGGUGUUGUGCACGCGUUCGUUGCCGCCGUUGGGGGAGAAGAGGACGGAAUCGGUAUCAUCCGAGGUAUCAUCCGUGCCGCCCUCGUCCAUCACCGCGGACUCGCUCGUGCCCGCGGCUGCCGGGAACGGACCUUCCAGACCAAACGGGGGCAUGUUCUUCUCGCGCGUCGGAAUGUUCUUCGAUCGCCGCCGCCGCCGCGGACCCGCGCCGUCCGCAGCCGGCGGCGAGGGGAACGUCGCCGUGGGGGACGGCACAGAGAACACGACGGAGAGGAGGAAACGGAAAAACUUCAUCGUCCGCGCGCUGGGUGGCAUGCUGUACCACGUCGUGAGGGGCGCGCUUUUGACUCCCCCGCACAUGAAGGACGCGUGGGCCACCUACGACUUGCACCGUAGGUUACACGACGAGUCCGAGGGCGGCGAGAUGAAGUCGCUCGACGAUGCCUUAAUCCUCGCGCGCGACAAUCCAGACGCGGCCUUGCAGGCGAGAACGUUCCCGGGCGGCGCCCAUGUCUUUCCGAUUGCGCCGCCGGUGGCCCCGAAGGGCGUGUCGUCACUCUGUCAGGAGAGCGAGAUCCUCGCAGCGGCGAGCGAGGCGGGCAGACAGGCUGCGGAGGCGGUGUUUGCGCCGCUGCUCAACAGGAACAUCGCGUCCUGGAGCUGAUCGUAUUAUUUUACCCCUAAUAUUUGUUGUACUCGGAGCUUAACAUGUGUAUC